AUGGCUGACCAACCGGUUGACUAUCCACGAAGGCAGCAGUUCUGGGACCCCUUGAGACUUUCCCUCUUCACUUUGGGGAUUGUGAUUGUGGUAGGCAUUGCCAUUGGCAUAGUGACGCAUUUUGUGGUGGAGGAUGAUCGAUCCUACUAUUACCUCGCCACCUUCAAAGUCACUAAUAUCAAAUACACUGACAGAUACGAAAGAAAAACCUCAAGGGAGUUUGUGGAACGAAGCCAUCAGAUCGAAAGAAUGAUGUCCAAGUUAUUUCGACAAUCUUCUAUAGGAAGAAAGUACAUUAAAUCACAUGUGAUCAAACUGGGUCCAGACGAAGGAGAUGUGAAGGUCCUUAUGGUUCUGCUAUUCCGCUUCCCGUCGGGCAACUCUGGUGGAAACAUCAGGAAAAUGAUCGAAAGUAUUUUGCACCAGAAACUGAAGACGCAAAAGUUUCCCUUGGCUAUCAGUCGGCCUUCAGUUAAAAUAACAGCGAUCGAUUCCAGAAAGAUGAGGAACCUUCUCGACGGCCGCUGUGGGAUCCGGAUGACGGCGGCCUCCUUGCCGAUGACGGCCGCGUCCACCAUGGACAGGAUCGUCAAGGGGACGACGGCGGCCCUGGACGGAGAGUGGCCGUGGCAGGCCAGCUUGCAGCUGCAAGACAAGGGCCACCAGUGCGGAGCCAGCCUCAUCAGUAACACGUGGCUCGUCACGGCGGCGCACUGCUUCCUCCAGAACAAAAACCCAAGCCAAUGGAUCGUCAGCUUUGGGACGACGAUAAGUCCUCCGGCAGAGAAGCGCAUGAUCAGUACCAUCAUCACUCACGAAAGCUUCAACUCCAUCUCUCACGAGAACGACAUCGCGCUGAUCCAGCUCUCCAGGCGGGUGGAGUUCUCCAACGAGGUCCAACGUGUCUGCCUCCCGGAGGCGUCCGCAAACUUGCCACCUAAAACCAGCGUCUUUGUCACCGGCUUCGGAUCGGUGGUGGAUGAUGGACCAACCCAGAAUACCCUUCGGCAAGCCAGGGUGGAAACGAUAAGCACCGACGUGUGUAACCGAGAGGACGUGUACGAUGGCGCAAUCACAAGUGGGAUGCUGUGCGCCGGAUUCAUGGAGGGAAAAGUAGACGCUUGCAAGGGCGACUCUGGCGGCCCAUUGGUGUAUCCUGAUCGUCGGGACAUCUGGUAUCUUAUUGGAAUAGUGAGCUGGGGACAGUCUUGUGCUUUGCCCAAAAGACCAGGCGUGUACACGCGAGUGACUCAGUACCGGGACUGGAUUGCCGCCCAAACCGGGAUCUGA